AUGUUGUCUUGCUUAAUUAUUCCAGAACAUGCAUGCUUAAUUAAUAUGGUAAUCCAAGUUAACCUUGCCUUGAAUUCCGAGAAGAGAACAAUGGAGCAACAUAAGGUGAAUGUAUUAGUAAGAAGAGGGUCGUGGAUAAGAAAAAUGGUAAAGGAAAGCAGGUCUCAGAUUGCAGCUUUCCAAGUAACAAGCACAAUAAUCUUAACUGUUACAAUUGCAUUCUUUGUGAUAGUCCUUGGAAUCUUUGUCAAUGGUCGCCUCAGGAAAUUCCUCAUCUCUGAAGACUACACAACGACAAUGCAACUCAAGCCAACUACUUCUUCUUCUAGCAUCGAACAAUCAAUGAAUGAUGAGUUUGGUGAUCAUUGGGUAGCUCCAAGGGGAUUAUGGCACUCAAUGUCUGAUAAGGAGCUCAUGUGGCGUGCCUCAAUGGUACCUCAAGUUAAAGAUAACCCGUAUAAUAGGACUCGUAAGGUGGCGUUUAUGUUCAUGACUAGGAAGAUGUUACCAUUAGCACCAUUGUGGGAGUUGUUCUUUAAGGGACACCAAGGCUUUUACUCAAUAUACCUUCAUACAUCAUCAUCAUUCCACACUGUUGACCAUCCUCUUGAAUCAUCUGUCUUCUACAACCGUAGAAUACCUAGCAAGGCAGUGGAAUGGGGAAAGGCAAGCAUGGUAGAUGCAGAAAGAAGAUUACUAGCAAAUGCCCUGUUAGACUUCUCUAAUGAAAGAUUCAUAUUACUAUCAGAAUCUUGCAUUCCAUUAUUCAACUUCACCACUAUUUACAACUACCUCAUAAACUCGAAGCACAGCUUUGUGGGAUCAAUUGAUGACCCAAGAAACGUAGGGCGAGGCAGAUACAACAAGCGUAUGGCACCUGCUAUAUUACUGUCUGAUUGGAGAAAAGGAAAUCAAUGGUUUGAACUUCACCGAGACCUUAGCAUUGCAGUAGUAUCAGAUGUGACAUACUACCCAAUUCUUAGAGAUCAUUGUAGGCCUCCUUGUUAUAUGGAUGAACAUUAUUUAGCUACUCUUGUGACGAAAAUUGGUAUGGACUUGAACUCCAACAGAAGCAUUACUUGGGUUGAUUGGUCCAAGCCUGGUUCGCACCCCACCACGUUUGUGAGGAAGGAUGUUUCAGAAGGGUUCUUGAGUCGAGUUAGAAGUCAAUCUGAUUGUUUACAUAACAAUGUGUCUGCCUCUUUCUGUUUCCUUUUUGCAAGAAAAUUUCAUCCCAAUACACUUGAGCCUUUGCUUAGGAUAGCACCACUUUUAUUUGGCUUUUAACUAUAACAUUAGAAUCAACUAUAUCAUUCAUAUAUUGUAAUACAAAGUUUAUAGUUAUCAGGGUAAUUGCCUUCA